AUGUCUUCAACGACCACGACCUAUGUGUACGUCGGCAGCUUCGUGAUGCCUCAACCGGGAAAGCAUGAAGGCCUACAUGUUUUCCGACUUGACAAUGACACGGGAGCCCUUACAUUCGUGGCAUCGUACGUCCCUGGGCUGAACGUUGGCAGUUUCGCCAUUGACUACAAACGUGGCAUGCUGUACCUCACGGACGAAGUACCAAAUGGUGGCCAGAUCUAUGUCUUCUCAAUGGACCCAUCAACAGGCGGCUUGACCGAGCGAGGUCACUGGCCCAGCUAUGGCACCCAACCAUCUGGCAUAGCCCUCGCCAAUUCCGAGGAUAUGGUUAUUGUUUCCCAUUUCACGAGCCGGACCAGUAUCACCACUAUCGCCGGUGAUGGCCAGUCAGGGUAUCGCAUUGAGCGCCGUUACGAUGAUGCCACAACAGUCCUAUUUACUCUCGAUGACACCGGUUGCUCGGAUCAGCCUUCCCAUGUCCACGUCCACGCUGCCUCGGGCCAUCAGAGCAAGCCCUCAUGCCUGCACUCUGUCUCACUAUCACCUGAUGGUUCCUUUCUCAUCGAGUGCGACAUGGAAAAAGACCAGCUCAUCACGAUGACAAUUAAUUAUGCCUCACAUUCACUACGCCUGCAGGCUAUUCGGGACGUCCAGCAAGGCAGUGGCCCACGUUACUCAGCCUUCCACCCCACGCUGCCCAUAUUCUACGUCAAUUAUGAGUACCGCCCAAUAAUUGAGGUAUUCAUUUACAGUUUGGGCGGUGACUAUGAAUCUUUAGGGACAGUGGAUGUUCUUCCAGAGAACCUAAACGGGGGACCCGGUGUGUUGUUGUCGGAUCUCCGUGUCCACCCGACCGGAAGAUAUGUCUACACACUCGUUCGCGGUCAUAACGUUGUCAGUGCUUUUGCCGUACACGAGGUGUCCGGUCGCCUACGCCGCAUUCAGACUGCCCCUAUCGAUGGGAUCUCGCCCAAGGGUUGCACAUUUAGUCCCGACGGUCGAUUCUUCUACAUCGCGGUUUCUGUGAGCAACCAAGUGCAGGUCUGGACGAUUGAUGAUAACGGGCUACUUGCACCGACCCAAGCGACUACGACUGUUCCUCGGCCCAGCGCCAUUACGAUGGUAGAUUUAACACCACCCUGAAGAUAUAGAUUGUGUUCUGGGAACCGCUGAAGAUGCUUUAUAUUGCUUUUUGUGACAUG